ACGGUCCACAGUCCAACUUUUCGACAAUGUCUAAAAUCCCUAAUCUAAUCGCCAUCUUAUUAUUACAAUUUACAAGCCUCCGAUCAAACUUAAGCUGUUAAGCAAUCUCAAAAACCUCCUUUUAUUAGUACUUUUGUUUUUUUAUAUAUAAGCGAACCCCCUAGCGGCAAUUCCUCUCCUCUUUCUUCUUUGCUGCUCCAAAACCCCUAAAAACAAAAAGACUGAAAACCCAUUAAUUUUGUUCUCUUUGAAAAUCAAUCUAAAUCUCGGAAUCGGAAUCAGAGAAUUUGAAUUUUAUUAGAAUCAGAAUCUGUUUAGGAAUGGCGGCGACUGGGAGUGCUUCAUGGCAGCCACAAGAAGAGGGGUUGAAGGAGAUCUGUGGAUUACUGGAGCAGCAGAUAUCGCCUUCGUCUUCCGCUGAUAAGUCUCAGAUUUGGCAACAGCUUCAGCACUACUCUCAGUUCCCUGAUUUCAACAACUAUCUCGUUUUUAUCUUUGCACGAGCCGAGGGUAAAUCAGUAGAGAUUCGGCAAGCUGCUGGUCUGCUGCUGAAAAAUAAUCUCAGAACUGCAUAUAAGUUAAUGGCCCCUGCACACCAACAAUAUAUAAAGUCAGAAUUGUUACCCUGUUUAGGAGCAGCAGAUAAACAUAUUAGGUCAACAGUUGGAACUAUUGUAACUGUGGUUGUUCAACUAGGGGGAAUUUUGGGGUGGCCUGAGCUGUUGCAAGCUCUAGUAAAUUGUUUGGAUAGCAAUGACCUAAAUCACAUGGAAGGUGCUAUGGAUGCAUUGUCAAAGAUUUGUGAGGAUAUACCACAAGUGCUGGAUUCAGAUGUGCCUGGGUUAGCUGAAAGGCCCAUCAAUAUAUUCCUUCCUCGAUUAUUUCAGUUUUUUCAGUCUCCACAUACUUCUCUGAGAAAGCUUUCAUUGGGUUCUGUAAAUCAAUACAUUAUGUUGAUGCCUUCUGCUUUAUAUACAUCUAUGGAUAAAUACCUUCAGGGUUUGUUUGUCCUUGCUAAUGACCCAGCUGCAGAAGUGCGGAAAUUGGUUUGUGCAGCAUUUGUUCAGCUAAUUGAAGUCCACCCAUCUUUUCUGGAGCCACAUUUGAAGAAUGUAAUUGAAUAUAUGUUGCAAGUCAAUAAGGACACUGAUGAUGAAGUGGCACUUGAAGCAUGUGAAUUUUGGUCUGCAUAUUGCGAUGCACAGUUACCAUCUGAGUAUUUGAGAGAAUAUUUGCCACGUUUAAUUCCAAUUUUGUUGUCAAACAUGGUUUAUGCUGAUGACGAUGAGUCACUUCUUGAUGCUGAGGAUGAUGAGUCUCUUCCAGACAGAGAUCAGGAUCUAAAACCUCGAUUUCAUACAUCGCGAUUUCAUGGUUCUGAUGAUGCAGAAGAUGAUGAUGACGACUCAUACAAUAUAUGGAACUUACGAAAAUGCAGUGCAGCAGCUCUCGAUGUUCUAUCAAAUGUUUUUGGAGAUGAAAUUCUUCCUAAUUUGAUGCCUAUUAUUCAGGCCAAGUUAUCUGCUAGUGGUGAUGAAGCCUGGAAAGAUAGGGAAGCUGCGGUUUUGGCUCUUGGUGCAAUUGGUGAAGGUUGCAUUAAUGGUCUUUAUCCUCAUUUAUCUGAGAUUGUGGCAUUUCUAAUUCCCCUUUUAGAUGAUAAGUUUCCUCUCAUAAGGAGUAUUUCUUGUUGGACUCUUUCUCGAUUCAGCAAAUACAUUGUUCAGGAUAGUGGUCACCAAAAAGGCUAUGAGCAAUUUGACACAGCCCUUAUGGGUCUCCUGCGAAGGAUUUUGGAUACUAACAAGCGGGUUCAAGAGGCUGCUUGUUCGGCUUUUGCAACACUUGAAGAGGAAGCCGCUGAAGAGUUGGCACCGAGGUUGGAAGUAAUUUUACAGCAUCUUAUGUGUGCUUUUGGCAAGUAUCAGAGACGGAAUCUCAGAAUUGUUUAUGAUGCUAUUGGAACUCUAGCAGAUGCUGUUGGAGGGGAAUUGAAUCAGCCUGUUUAUCUUGAAAUUUUGAUGCCACCACUCAUUGCAAAGUGGCAGCAGCUUUCAAACUCUGACAAAGAUCUCUUUCCACUGCUUGAGUGCUUUACAUCCAUAGCACAGGCAUUGGGUACUGGAUUCUCUCAAUUUGCUCAGCCUGUUUUCCAGAGGUGCAUAAAUAUCAUCCAGACUCAACAAUUGGCCAAGGUUGAUCCUGCUUCAGCUGGGGUUCAGUUUGAUAAGGAGUUCAUUGUAUGCUCGCUUGAUUUGCUCUCUGGAGUUACAGAGGGCCUUGGCAGUGGAAUAGAGAGUUUGGUUGCACAGAGCAAUUUGAGGGACCUGCUUCUGCAAUGUUGCAUGGAUGAUGCUUAUGAUGUUCGACAAAGUGCCUUUGCUCUAGUUGGGGACCUUGCAAAAGUUUGCCCCAUUCAUUUGCAUCCUCGUUUGUCUGAAUUUCUCGAUAUUGCCGCCAAGGAAUUGAACACUCCCAAGUUAAAGGAAACCAUUUCAGUAGCAAACAAUGCGUGUUGGGCUAUUGGAGAGCUAGCAAUUAAGGUUCGUGAAGAAAUUUCUCCAAUUGUCAUGACAGUGAUCACAUGUUUGGUUCCAAUCCUUCAGCAUGCAGAGGGUCUCAACAAGUCCCUUGUUGAAAAUAGUGCAAUUACACUAGGGAGGCUUGCAUGGGUCUGUCCAGAUCUUGUAUCACCACACAUGGAGCAUUUCAUGCAAUCAUGGUGUAUUUCUUUGUCUAUGAUACGUGAUGAUAUUGAGAAAGAAGAUGCUUUUCGUGGUCUAUGUGCAUUGGUCAGGACAAAUCCGUCAGGGGCUCUGAGUUCACUUGUUUUCAUGUGCAAAGCUAUUGCAAGCUGGCAUGAAAUAAGGAGCGAAGAACUACAUAAUGAAGUUUGCCAGGUCUUGCAUGGUUAUAAACAGAUGCUUGCAAAUGGGGCAUGGGACCAAUGUAUGUCUGCUUUGGAGCCACCUGUGAAGGACAAACUAUCAAAGUACCAAGUAUAAGAUCUUGACUAUCCAUGCUUCAGUGUUCUACAGUAUCUAUGGUUCUUCAGAGAUGUCUAUCAGCAUUGGUACCAACAGUAUAUUUUAUGCCUUUUCCGACUAAUAUAGGAGCUGUGAUUGAUUUAAGUAAAGAUCGGUAUGUCGUCAUGAUUUUCCCGAGGCAAAGCAUCAGUUUCUUGCCUUAAUUCAUUGAAGCAACUUUGCACCUCUUAAAAACUUAAAAACAAAUUGGCUUUGCCCCCAUGGUGCUUGGUUCGGGGCAGUUAAGCUGUUGACUCUUUGUGUAUGGAUUUAGCAUGCAGGAAUGCAGCCUCCCAAGCUUCAAGAGGGUGUUUUCUUUGGUGUUUUAUUAUUGAAGGAUUUGUAAA